AUGAAGCUCACAGUCAAAUCGCUGCAGGGCGGCAACUUCUCGCUCGAGGCUCAGCCAUCGGAUACCAUCGCCUCGGUCAAAGCCAAGAUCUCAGCUGAAAAGGGCCAUGCCGUCGAGCAGCAGAAGAUCAUCUACUCGGGCAAGAUCCUCACGGAUGACCAAACCGUCGAGGCUGCUAAUGUUACGGAGAAGGGAUUCCUUGUCUUGAUGGUCUCGAAGCCCAAGGCGCCCAAGCCAGAGGCAGCCGCAGCCCCUGCUGCCGCUUCAGCGUCUACUAGCACUUCAGCAGCCCCUGCUUCGAACGCACCCGCAGCCGCACCUGCUGCUGCCCCUGCUUCAGAUGCUCCGUCGACCACUUCAGCCCCCGCACCCGCACCCGCAGCAGCACCAGCAAGCAGCGACGCGCCCACUCAGGCGCCAGCUGCAGCCGCUGCUCCAGCUUCCUCAGACCCUUCCUUCGUCACUGGCCCUCAACUGGAGGGCGUGAUCCAAAACAUGAUGGAGAUGGGCUUCGAACGCGACCAAAUCCAGAGGGCGCUGCGUGCCAGCUACAACAACCCUGACCGAGCUGUGGAGUACCUGAUGACGGGUAUCCCAGAGGGCGCAGGGCCACAGCCUGCUGCCCAGGCUCAGCAGGGUGCUCAGCAGGGGGGCGCUGGAGCAGGGGCAGAAGCAGCAGCAUCGCCCCAGGCAGGUGCCCGGCCAGCUGCCGCUGCUGCCCCGACGCAGCGUUCUGGCAACCUCUUUGAGCAAGCAGCCGCAGCAGCACAGGGCGGCGGUGGACGUGGCGGCGCUCGUGGUGCAGGCGCGGGCGCUGGAGCAGGUGGUCUCGGUGCUCUGGCCGGCGCAGGCGGCGGAGACGACGAAGAAGGCGAGGAGACGGUCCUCGACCUUGGCAACCCAGCCAUGAUCUCGCAGUUGCAGCAGCUUGUCCAGGAGAACCCUGCCGCCCUCCAGCCUCUCAUUCAAGCCAUUGCGCAAUCCAAUCCUCAGCUCGCUCAAGCCCUCAACGCCGACCCGCAAGGUGUUCUCUCUCUCCUCGCCAACAUGAACUCUGGCGGAGGAGCCGAAGGACUCGAAGGGCUCGCUGGGGCUGGUGGGCAGGAGGUGGAGAUUCCCAGCUUUGAUCAGCUCAGCACGGAGGACCAGGCUGCCGUUGGGCAGAUUACCGCGAUGGGGAUUCCGCAAGAGAGGGCCAUCGAGGUCUAUCUGAUGUGCGGGAGGAACAUCGAAAUGGCGGUGCAGUUCUAUUACGAGAACGAGGGCGACUGGUAGGCAGGGCGCGCCAGUCGCAACGAUGGAAUGAAGAAUUGAGGAGGGUGAAGAGCGAGCAAUGACGACUCGCUGGGAUAUCAUUGAAGAAAUGCGAUACGAGGAGGUAGACGACAGCUAGUUGCCAUCCACCUUUCCAUCCGUGCAUUGACGAAUCUCUGCAAACCGUCGUGCAUCACAACUUGGCAUCCGGACCGCCUGUUCUUCUCGCAGUCUCCUCCUUCACCACCUCGUCGACCGCCGCACGUAUUUGCCUCGCGAGCUCUACCGCCUCGUCAUCAUCGAGCUCAUCGCGACCGUGCCCG